AUGGCCAGGACCCUCGUCCAAGAUCCUACGAAGACCCAGCCACUGAAAGAUUUUUGGCUGGCACACAAGCUUCCAAACGAGGAAGACUCGCAGAAGGAAGCAGCAGAAUCACCUUCGGACGGACAAGCAAAGCGAAGACAAAGUCAAGGCUCGCCCAACGGCAAAACGCGCAAUCGCCAUCGUGCUGUCUCAACAGCGUCUGCUCUUGCCCCGCCAGGGCAAUCACUGUCAUCUCAUCAUCCAGCUCUUUCACUGCCUGUGUUACUAGACACUUUCGGGCCCCUGAUAUUUCCUUUGUACAAGGCGGCGCUGUUACGGAAAAGAAUACUGCUUGUGGGCCAAGCGCCUGUUGAACUGGCUUGUAAUUUUGUGUACGACAUCUCAGUUGUUUCCUGUAUCCCAUCCUCUGUCUCUGACCUCCUCCCACUCGAACCUCUACCCACUCGCCUGCGGCCACUUUUCGCAGCAGGUGUCCACGACAUGGCAACCCUAGCUCAAGGCUCCCGAGACAUCAAUCCGAGCUCCGAACUCACUGAUGAGGGCAUGGGAUAUGGGUGGGUGGCCUGUACCACAGAUAACAUCCUCUCUCACAAAGACCACCUUUUCGAUACCCUUGUCACUAUUCCGCCAUCCUACUCGAAACAAGCUAAAGAGAAAAUUUGGCCGCGCGUUGAAGUCAAGAAGGGGACAGAGAUCAAAGCCACACAGCGGGAUCUGCGUCGGUACCGUACACUUCGCCGAGAGCUUCGCCGCUUUCCCAGCGGCCACUCUCCGCACGCAUCCAAGUAUUCAAGCAUGGAGCAGACUUCUGACCUCCCCUUCGAAAAUGCUCAAGAGACCUACGACGAUGCUUCCUCUACUCUUGACACUCAACUCGCCGAACCGCAAUCCUGGUCCGCGCUUGCGUACUCCAGUUUUAUGUGGUGGGCUUCGGCUGGCGAGAAACGCACAGACCUGGACGAAGAAGCAGAUCACGAUGCUGCUUUGCUACGCCAUUUCGAUAAUUACCGCGGUGAUUCACCCGAUCGACCACGGUCAGCAAGGAAGUCGCCCGGCAGAUCUCCCGGCGUGGAGGGCAUGGACACAUCCCCAGCAGGAUUGGAAAUGACGAUUAUUGGUUACUUUCACCGACUGACUAUCUUGAUACUCAAGACACUGUCGGACAUCAUCGAUGCUUCCGAUUACUCAGAUGAGGAUACGGAUGAUGUUGGAAAUGCAGACGAAGAUGGAAAUGGCGGGCAGAAGAGACGGAAAUGUACCAGCAAAGAUCUAGAAGACGCGGAUGCAGUAUAUGUGAGCAGCGAAGAUAUGAGCCGUAUGGGUCUUGAUAUAUGGAGCGAGAGCGAUAGACACUUCGUGCGGGAGCUGGUGGCUCUUUACUGGGGUAGGAAGACCGACGUCAGGGGCGGAAGAGUUGAGUGUUGUGGGGUGAGGAUAUGUUGA